CAUUCACAAUGGUGACCUUCUCCGACCCCAAGGCAUACCAUAUUCUGGCCUAUGGAACGCUCCUCGGAUCCAACCUCUUCCAGACAUUCCUCGCAGGUCCUCUAGCCUUUAAAGCCCUUCCAAGACCCCAAUUCAGCACCUUACAACAAGCCAUUUUCCCCCCUUACUUCGGCUUCCAAACCAUCCUUCCCCUCGCUCUCGCUCUCACAUGGCCCGGCGAGCGACUGGUCGCAGUAGCCGGUAAUGCUAUAGCGGCAAGACACCAUGCCGGCUACACGGGACUUUUACAAGAGCAGAAUCGCUGGACGGCGUUGAUUCCCAUCGUCACCAUGUUCGCUACGAGUUUGGCGAAUUUACUUGUUCUGGGACCGGCGACGACGAAAGUGAUGAAGUUGAGGAAACAUCAAGAAACUCGAGAUGGAAAACGAUACUAUGACCCUGGACCGAAGACGCCGGAGAUGCAGCGUCUCAAUUCGUCUUUUGCGAAAUUGCAUGGGGCGUCUUCUUUGUCGAAUGUGGUGGGCUUAGGGGCAAUGGUUUUGUACGCCUUCACACUUGCAGGAAUGAUGUAGUUACUUCGUUGUAGCUGCGUAGCGAUGAGGAAAGAAAAUGGGAGGAAAUCCUUCCCUUCUAUAGACCUCUAAACCCAGACCAGAGCCUACAUUAC